GAUUUUCUCCCGGAAAUCUACAUAAAGAUUCGUUCGGUUUCUUUCUUCCUCACCAAUCCACGAGGCAGGGUGAGAGAGAGAGAGCGAGAGAGGCGGUUGGCGCACGCCUGUGGGUCGCUCCGCUUCGCUUCCAGUUCGUGCGCUUCGUGAGGGGGAGAUGGCGAGCCGAGGGGGCCGCGGCGGCGGCCGGGCGAAUCCAGACGCUGCUCAGGCCGGGUACGGCGGCCGCGGCGGCGCUGGUCGUGGGCGCGGUGAUGGUGGUGGCCGUGGCCGCGGGUACUACCAAGGAGAUGGGGGCGGUGAUGGUGGCGGCCGUGGCCGUGGUUACUACCAAGGAGAUGGUGGCGGGGGUCGUGGGUACUACCAGGGUGGCGGUGAUGGCGGCGGGAGAGGGCGUGGGUACUACCAGGGAGAGGGCGAUGUCGACCGUGGGUACUACCAGGGAGGCGGUGAUGGCGGCGGCGGAAGAGGGCGUGGGUACCAAGGGGGCGGCGAUGGCGGUGGCCGCGGCCGAGGACGCGGCUACCAAGGCUACCAAGGCGGCGGCGAUGGUGGAGGCCGCGGCCGUGGCUACGAAGGGCCUGGCGAUGGCGGACGCGGCCGAGGCCGUGGCUAUCAGCAGGGCGGCAACUACGGCGGUGGCCGAGGUGGCAACAACUACGGCGGCCGCGGCGGCAGAGGAGGAGGAGGCCAGAACCAUCCCGACCCCCUCGCUCUCCAAGUCGCGGGGCCUCCCCUCUCCGAGCGUUACCACACAGAGGCGGCCCAGCUCCGGGAGAAGUUCCAGGCGAUGGCCAUGAGCCGUGCCGAGCCGAUGUUCCCGGGGCGCCCCGGGUUUGGCAGAACCGGGCAGGUGUGCAUGGUGAGGGCCAACCACUUCUUCGUCGGCCUCGUGGACAAGGGCCUGCACCAGUACGACGUGGCCAUGUCGCCGGAGCCGACAAUUACGGGCGUUUUCCGAGCUGUCAUGUCCACUCUUGUGAAGGAGCACCAGAGCACCACUCUCGGCGGUCGCCUCCCAGCUUACGACGGCCGCAAGAGCCUGUACACCGCCGGCGAGCUGCCGUUUAAAACCAAGGAGUUCGAGGUCACCUUGCCUGACAAAAACCCAGGUCCACCUGGGCAAAGGAGGGAGAGGAAGUUCAAGGUGACCAUCAAGCACGCCACCCUGGUCAGCCUGCAGCAGCUGCAGAUGCUCAUGUCCGGGAUCCCCACGGACAUACCGGCGCAGGCGCUGCAGGUGCUUGACAUUGUGUUGCGUGACAUCGUGCUCAAUGAACGGGACGACAUGGGGUUCGUCCCGGUAGGCCGGUCUUUCUUCUCGCGGACCAUGGAGGAUCCCAUCCAGUUAGGCCAGGGCAUCGAAGGAUGGAAUGGGUUCUACCAGAGCAUCAGACCUACUCAAAGUGGAUUGUCCCUCAACAUUGACAUGUCUUCGACUGCUUUUGUUGGAGGUGGGUCGCUGAUUGAUUUCAUCAAGGAGAUUCUUAACAGGAAAGAUCUCUCUCGCGGCUUUCAAAAUGAAUUUGAUUAUGUGAAGAUUAAGAAGGCCCUCAGGGGUCUGAGGGUUGAGGUCACCCACCGAGGACAGAUGCGCAGGAAAUACCGCAUUGCUGGCUUGACAAAGGAUUCUGCAAGAGAAUUGAGGUUCCAAUUAUCGACCGGCGAAACCAAGACUGUGAGGGACUACUUUCGAGAAACCUACAAGCUGCAGCUGCGUUACGAUUUUCUCCGAUGCCUGCAAGUUGGUACAGAGCAGAAACCCAACUAUCUACCAAUAGAGGUCUGCAAUAUAGUUCCCGGACAGCGGUACCAAAAGAAGCUGGAUGAUGGCCAGGUUUCUAAAAUGAUGUCUAUAGCCUGCCAGCAUCCAGCUGGGCGUGAGACCUCCAUUCGCAAGUCUGUUCUGGAGAACAAAUAUAACAGCGCCAAACGUGCAAAUGAGUUUGGUAUAGAAGUUGACAGCAACCCAACUUCUGUUCAGGCUAGAGUUCUGCCUGCUCCAAAGCUGAGGUACCAUGGUUGUGCGUCUCUCUACCCAGAAAAUGGGGCGUGGAACAUGAGAGGCAAGAAAGUCGUAAAUGGUGCCAAGGUUGGUAUUUGGGCAUGUGUAAACUUUUGCAAUGAAUUGACUGAGGAUCAAGUUCGUAUCUUCUGCGGCAAAUUGAGUGAAAUGUCCUCCACAACUGGAGUGAACUUCAACGGUGCAAAGCUUAAGAUAUUCCAUGCUCGUUCAGAUCAAGUUGAAGCCAAACUCCGUGAAGUACGUCAGCAAGCGGGGAAUAUGAAGAUUGACCUCGUACUUGCUAUAUUGCCAAAUAAAAAUGGCAGCCUGUAUGGUGAUAUUAAAAGGAUCUGUGAAACAGACAUUGGUCUGAUGUCUCAGUGUUGUCUACUUAAAAAUGUCGAGAAAUCAAGUCCUCAGUUUCUUGCGAAUGUUGCUCUUAAGAUCAAUGCCAAGUGUGGGGGGAGGAAUUCGGUAUUUGCUGAUAUACCAGUAAGCUUACCAGUUGUUUGGAAACAGCCAACGAUUAUCUUCGGUGCAGAUGUUACUCAUCCUAGUGCUCUAGAUGAUACUGCCCCAUCCAUUGCUUCUGUUGUUGCCUCCCAAGACUGGCCUGAGGUGACCAAGUAUCAUGGUGAUGUUCAUGCACAAGGUCACCGCGUAGAGCUCAUUGAAGCCCUUGAGGGCAUUGUAAAGAAGCUGCUACUUUCGUUUGAAAAGCAAUCCAAACAGAGGCCGAAGCAGCUGAUAUUCUAUAGGGAUGGCGUAAGUGAGGGUCAGUUCAGAAAGGUUCUGGAGGAUGAGAUCCCCCUGAUAGAAAAGGCAUGGAAGGCUUUAUACAAUGAGAAGCCGUCAAUUACCUUCAUAGUGGUGCAGAAGAGGCACCAUACAAGACUGUUCCCAAGUGAUGGCAAAUAUCAGGACAACAGUGGAAAUGUUAUGCCAGGCACAGUUGUUGAUAGGCAGAUCUGCCACCCAGCAGAGUUUGAUUUCUUCCUCUGUAGCCAUGCUGGGAUCAAGGGAACAAGCCGUCCUGCACAUUACCACGUGCUGCGAGAUGACAACAACUUCAGUGCUGAUGACCUGCAGUCUCUUACAAACAACCUAUGCUACACGUAUGCAAGCUGCACUCGCUCGGUGUCGACUGCUCCUCCUGCAUAUUACGCUCAUAAGCUUGCGUUCCGUGCGCGAUUCUACCUAGGCCAAGUCCCAGACAUGGCGUCAGAGAUAAGCGCCGGCAGUGCACCUCCUCCAUUGAUGCUUCCUGAGAUAAAAGAUGAGCUCAAAAGCCACAUGUUCUACUGCUAGUCCAUACACACAUGGAUGAAGCCUGAAGCCUGGAGAACUCUAAGAUUUUAUUUCAAGUAUACAUGGCAACCUGAAGAUUUUUUUGUUUCUGUUGGUUUGAUGAACAUGGGACCAUCUCUUGUGUCUUUAAUAUUUCCAGAGAAUGAUUGGUUUAUGACUUUAUGCAAGGGUAUGAAUGGAAAGUUUAUGUGUUCUGCUA